AUUCUUGCGCGCAGCAGUGUCGUGUUGCGCUACUGUUGGAGACACCGCUGGACGCGGAGAGAAGAGAAGUGCAGCUGUGCCGCUUGGUGGUCGCCGUCCUUCCAUCCAGAAGAAAGUUACCGUGGCGGGUGUGAUAUAUGCAGAGUACUGCCCUGCUGACUAAACCUUAAGAAGUGCUGGUGGUGGCGUCUCAGACAUGAUGUCCUCCUGUGUCCUUUGCGGUGUCCUCUUCAUAAUCACGAUCAUGUCCAUCACUACACCUGUAUCGGCUGUUCCUACAGUACGGGUGAAGUUUAAUCAGUCUGCUGCUCUGCCAUGUGAACGGACCUGCUCUCGUGAGGCCAGAUGGACUCCGUUCGGUAACAAUCAGGUAGUGGCUCAGUGCGAUCAGACAUCCUGCUGGUCAGAGGAGGGAUUUAAAAUGUCCCAUGAUGAGUACCUGAAGGGAAAUCUCACCCUCACCAUCCCUGCAGCUGAUUUCAGUAAGAGGAAAACGUACACGUGUCGGUGUGAUGGAAAAGUCAUGAAUGUGCGACUCUGCAUCGACAGACGGAGCUCAUCAGUUCAGCUGAAGCCUGGUGAAGAUCUGCUGCUGGAUUUGCACGUAUCAGAGCGAGUGGAGGUGAUCUAUUACCACAGAGAUUCAGAUAAACAGAUCUGCAGUGUGGACAGAAGCUCACUCCACUGUACAGCUGAAUACACCUCGAGAACAUCACUCACUAACACGGUUCUCACACUGAGAGGAGUCCGGUCGACUGAUGGGGGAGUUUACAUCGUCCGAGAUCCGGAGGAGAAGGAAGACCUUCAUAUUUACGCAGUCAGUGUUGAAGCUCCAGGACCAGAGAGUGGUGGGAUACCAGUGUGGGUGUUUGUGGUGGUGGUGGUGAUGAUGAUGCUCGUGUUGUGGAUGGUGAUUGGUGUCGUGCUGUAUGUGAAGCAAAGACAACGAAAAGCAGAUUCAAACAGCUCACCAGAGGCAGAACGGCUAAACAUGGGGACUUCAGAAGAUCAUUUCAUACAGCAGGCUAAUCAUGGAGUAGAAGGAAAGCAGACGUCUACAGCUGUAAACGGAACCAUAGGACUGGCAGAGUUGGCUGAUGUCUCACAAAUGGACAGGAGAGCAGAGAUCAAACAGCCCCACAGCAGUUCAGCGUGUGGGCAACUGGUGAAAGUGUCGUUUAAGUGCAAACGGUGCAACAAUUGAGGUAUUUCACCUGACGUCACGGUGUCUGCCAUUUUGAACGUCAAGCUAGCUAAUGUCAACAACAGUAGCUGGUAUGUUACUGUAGCAAUGUUUACGUUCAGUCAUUUGGAUGACUGUUAAAACCUUUCAGUCUCAAGUUUUUCCUUUACUGGAUUUACUAGUUUACUGAGCUAGCGCGCUCGGGCAAGCUGGGAGCUAGCAUGCGCUAGGCGGCUGGCGCGCUAGCUCAUCCUGGUGGAAGUGUAACAGUGAGAAGAAAAACCUGCACUUACAUUUUUAUUUUCUCAUUUUCAGUCAUAUGUGACAACUUCUUUUGUGUUGGUGUUUGUUUCACCAAAAUCCUUUUUCUGUAUGUAGUUUUGAAUUCGCUGGUAUUGGGAGUUGUAUUGUGAGUUAUGUUGUAUUUUUGGGGGUAAUAGUGCCCUCUUGUGGUGUACGUGAAUGGUGUUUUGCGCAGCUUGCGUCCUCCCGCCAGACUCAUUCAACUUUGCUGGGAGAGGUACGUACUUUAAGGCAGCUGCAAAUAUAUUAAGUAAUCCCUGUGUUGUAAUGCCACUGAAGUCGAACUUUUUGUUUCUUAUAUGAAUAUUAUAACAAGUGUAUGUAAAAACCGUUGUUGGGGGUUUCCCAUUUCGUUUGUAAUGUGAAUUUUGAGAGCACAGAAUAGCAAAGCUAAUCAUUUUGCCAAGGCACUGACUAGCCCUUUGUCCUCGAGUCUGGAGUCUGUGUAUUUCAUUGUGUACUUUUUGAUGUUAGGCAUGUGGGACAGCAUGAACGAAGUGCCUCUUCCCAUUUUGUGCUGUUUUCUAUUCAUUUGAAGGUAUGUACUCCCAAUACCAUGAAGUGUUCAUGUGUUUACAUGUUCAAUGUUGUUUUCUAUGAAUGACCAUGUAGUCUGAUUGUAGGGCACUACUACAUGGAUCUUAUUCUGAGACAUGGUUCAUUUAUAUGAUGAGACAUUAAUAUGAUGACAGUAUAUACUGAGGGUUAUUUUAAUACUGUAGUUUUAAUUUUCUAUAUAAUUUUAUACUUUUUUUUUAAUCUACAACAGUGUAAUAUGUUAAAAUGUUAAAGCAGACUCAUUCAACUUUGCUGGGAGAGGCAUGUGGGACAGCGUGAACGAA